AUGCACGACACUGGGGAACCUGGUAAUGUUACUUAUGGUAUUUCAGUCUAUAAUGUUAUUAUCCCUUUGGGAGGAGCCCCAAAUGGCACCUAUUGGUUGUGUGGCAAGAUGGCUUGCUAUAGCCUUCCCCUGAACUGGAGAGGUACUUGUACUGUUGAGUUUGUGGUGACAGCUAUGAGAACCGUUCCAAACAAUGACAAGAAUCUGAAGGCUCUGUUUAGAGUUUGAGGUCUCUGGCUGACAUCACUCACACUCAGGCACCUGCCUCCAGGUUCUUUGGUGUGUUUUUUCCCUGGGUAUGGAGUUGCAUGUGCCCUAGAUACGUGAUAUCUCUAAACAAUUGAAUGGGGAACUAAAAUAAUUGCCUAAGUUGGCUCUGCAAAAUAAAGAGGCUCUUGACUAUCUUUUGGCAGGUCAAGGGGGCACUAGUGCAAUAAUUGGAGAUGAGUGUUGCACUUUUCUCCCAGAUCGGUACUGUAAUGUUACUGAUCUUGCCGAAUACAUUGCCACUGUGGCUAAGAACAAUUCCCCACAGCCAAUGGGCUGCAGUGUGUGUUUUUUGCUUAGUCUGCCUAAUUGUAUUACUAACAUGCUGUAAGGCUAUAUGUACCUCCCUGGCUGAUAAGGUCUCAGCAGCCAUCAUGUUUAAUACUCCUUAAGAGGAUGGUGAGACUGAUGAGCUGCUGACGCUGGAUGAACUAACUGUACCAAGUUCUUCUGACCACCCCAACUGCGGUGAAGGUUGCUGAGAGAGAUACCUGGAUCCACGUGUCGCACUGCAGACGAGUUCCUGAUCCAGGAGAAGACGGGCCCCCUCCUGUACUCCCUGUUCACCCAUGACUGCGUGGCCACAUGCCUCCAACUCAAUCAUCAAGUUUGCAGACGACAGAACAGUAGUAGGCCUGAUUACCAACAAUGACGAGACAGCCCUACUGGGAGGAUGUGAGGGCCCUGGCGGAGUGGUGCCAGGAAAAUAACCUCUUCCUCAACGUCAACAAAACGAAGGAGCUGAUCGUGGACUUCAGGAGACAGCAGAGGGAGCACGCCCCUAUCCACAUCUACGGAACCGCAUUGGAGAAGGUGAAAAGCUUCGGCGUACACAUCACUGACAAUCUGAAUGGUCCACCACAUGCCUCUUCAACCUCAGGAGGCUGAAUUAUUUGUCUUGCCUAAGACCCUACAACUUAUCAGAUGUACGCAAACCCGCCCCGUAGCUUCACGUCUGUACCCAAUGAAGUGUUUUUGGAAGGCUGGCCCAGGCUCACAUUAAAACCCCCUUACCCAAAAAACCCUGUCCCCCCCCCAAUUUGCAUACCCCCCCAAACAGAUCCACAGAUGUUUGCAAUCUUAUUCCCACCAAAAUGCCCCCCCCAAAGGAAAACAGGAGGAACCCCUACGUGAGAACCCUAUUCAUUGACUAAAGCGGGUUUAAACCCCAGGGUUUCCCUCAAAGUCAGGGAUAAGCAAAGGGACCCGGGGCCAAAAAACCCCCCUUUAAAAAAGGGACCUAGAUUCCCGGGGGCCCCGCCCCAGGUGGUGGGGGGUUGGGAAAAAAAAAUUUACCACGGGGAUCCUAAAACCCGAGGGCCCCCCCGGGGGGGUGUCGCCCCCCUGCGGGAAUCCCGGGCCCCCAUGAUGCCAGGGCCCAGGCACACUCCAACACCUUCAUAAAGUUUACCAAAAAAAACCCGUGGUUUUCCCUGUAAAGGGGACAACAGGGGGACACCCUUUGGGGGAAAGGUAAAGGGGAUUGGGCCCAAUGUGGUCCCCGGAUAAAAAACCCCCCUUAAAAGUGAUCAAGAAAGGAAAUGUUUUGGGGACUACGGGAAAAAAAGAAGGGGGACCGAGCACGCCCCCAUUCUCAUUACGGGGCUUUUAGGGGCCCCGGGAUUGAGAGCUUCAAGUUCCUUGGGGCCAAUCACCAAAAAAUUUCUUUGAUCCAAACAAAACCAAAAAGGGCAUGAAGGGGCACGAAAAAGGCCUACCCCCUCGGGAAAACUGAAAAGUUUUGGAGGGUCCUCAGAUUUCAAAAAUUUUCUAAGCUGAAAAAAAUGAGUGCAUCCUGACUUUUUUGGCAUCACGGGGCCCUGGUAUGGCAAUGUGGUUUCCCGCCCAAAAAAGGGACACUCAGGGGGUUAGGGGUAGGGCCCAGUAAAAUAAACUGGGGGAAAAAGGUUUCCCUGCCACCAGGACCUCAUCCCAGGGGGUGUCAGGGGAAAGGGCCCCUUAAAAAAAAUUGUCAAAAAAUCCAGGCCCCCCUAAAAAAGGGGAAUUUUCUCUCUGCUACCGAGGGGCAAGCGGGUCCCGGAUGCCAAAGGUUGGGUUUCAAAAUGCUUUUUAACACUUAAAAACCCCAACCAAAGCCCUUAAAACAGUUUAAUCAAUAUUUACUCUUUCUUUAAUUUGUUUUGAGAAUUAAUAAAGGAUUAAUUGAUUUAAACCCCUUGGGGGGGGGGAAAAAAGGAUUUGUUUGGUGACGUUGAGUGUUUUAAAUGGGUUUAAAGUUUUCCCCUUUGCCGGAGAGCCACACCCGUGCUUUUAGCGAAAGCACCGUGAGAGAGGAUCAUACCCAGAUGGGGUCUGCCAUCAAAAAUCUAUUAUGACAAUGGUUGACAUUUUGUGAAUGAGAUUGUUCAGUCCCCUGUCAGAGGCUUUGCAGAUUUAUUUGAGAAACCCAUUGUGCCUAUCAUCCCUGAAUCGGGGGUUGCAGUAGAAAGGCGAACUAAAUUGGUGAAACAAGCCUGACAUGGGUAAAGGUGCUUCCAUUGGCAUGAUGAGUAAGAGAGGCAGGUCCCACACAGUCACGGGUUCUCUCCACACGAGGUGCUGACUGGCAGUCCCAUGAGGAUGACUAAUACACCUUUUCCCCAAAACAGGUUGUCCUUGCAGGAAUGGAGGAAGACAUGGUUGAGUAUUAUGUCACCCUUAACAGUGGUUCUUAAGACUCUCUUUCCCCUGGUGAAGGCGUCUUUGCCGAACCUAGCAGGUGGAGCUGGGCACUGUUUGAGCCCCAGGUGAUUUUGUGGUGGUCAAAGACUUCAAAGAGAAAGAGUUGGAAGGACCCCCGUUGGAGAGGGCCGUACCAAGUUCUUCUGACCACCCCAGCUGCGGUGAAGGUUGCUGAGAGAGAUACCUGGAUCCACGUGUCGCACUGCAGACGAGUUCCUGAUCCAGGAGAAGAUUGGCCUCACCAGUUACGGUGGUGCAGUGUGGUCCUCCUCUGCAUUAGCACAGGAGUGCUAAUAAGAACAGUAGGUUGUCCUCGUGUAGGAAACCUGACAGAGGGUGAGAUGAGUCCUGAGCUAAAGGGACCAACACAGGCCUGGAGUAGUGUCCCAGAAGAAGAUGGUCAUCGGAGAAGGAGAGGCCUGCUGGGCCCACAUAACCAUGAGGACAAUCUGUUCCUCUCUAGAGCAGAAAUGUUUGCUAACGUCUGGACAAAAUGAGUGUUGGGUGUGUGGGUUGGGGCCAGUUAAGGUAGGAGCAGCUUUAACACUUGUGGGAGUUCCAAUAGGGGUAGAUCAAGACAAUGCAAAUGGCUGAAACAUUCGUAGGCCUCCUGUAGCUCAAUUGGUUAGAGCGUGGCGCUUGCAACGCCAGGGUUGUGGGUUUGAUUCCCACGGGGGGGCCAGUAUGAAAAAUGUAUGCACUCACUAAACUGUAAGUCGCUCUGGAUAAGAUGUAAAAAAUGUAGUAGAGAUACCACGUAACCCUGACCGCAUGACAUUUUUUGCAUUAUACAACCACACAGGUCCACCGUCUUUUGCUAGGCCAGAUAAUACUUUACUCCCACCUAUUUCAGUAGCUGGAGUGAUGACAGCCCCUUGGUGUAUUAG